GGUCUGGGCUUCAGCUGCUCGUGUGGUUGCAGUCGCACAAACUAGCCCUCUGAAUGUUCCAUGGGUGCGUCUAGACGCGGUGGAGCUGAAAAAUGUGAGGAAAUAGAGACUGGUGGGAUCGCUGAGCCGGGGGUUUUACUGCAGCUCCCCGACCUGGAAAACUUCCUCACCGUGUCGAGUUCUGGUGGGUUCAGACAGUUCCCCUCGUCCUCUUGGGCCCAGACCCCGUGACCCAUCGUCUAUCUCUUGAGAUCUUGGUUGCGUCUACCAUGUUCGCGGCGUCUCCUAGAUUGGUUAAUGUCUUUUGAAUCACGAUUCGUUCGUGCGAUUUUGACCUGCACGAAUCAUCGUCAGUUUUGAGGAGUGAGUAUUCCAAGCUUUUGGGGACGUGGAAUUGUUUUUAGUUUUUUGUUGGGGUUGUCAGAGGUCGUAGGCCCACCAUGACCCAUGCUCUUGCAAAGUUACCUGAAUCUGUGGGCUGUGAGUUUUGCUAUUUCAGUGUCCGAUCUAAGGUAAUUUUAGCUGAAGUUUCGUCCCCUUGUUGGAUACCAAACGUGCUGUUAAAAAUUCCUUUUACGUGAGUUGGACGUCUUAGUUGAUUAGUGUUGAAUUCAAUAUCCGAGAACUGUUGGCCAGAAGCUGGAAAAGUACAUCGGAAAGAGGAGACUUGCAGGUGACAGGGUACUGUUCGAUGGCACCAACAGCUCCCACCAAGUUCUGCCGCCACUGUACGCCCAGAGUGAUGCGGUUCUAUGUGAAGCCGCCACUCGCCGUGUCCCCUUUUUCACCCAAAUGGCUUUUGAAAAUGCGAAAUAGCACUUGCAUGCGUGCAAAGUUGCGGCUUCGAGCUGAUUGCUUUAGAGGAUGGCUUCCGCGAUGAAAGUUUCGGUGGGGAACGGGGGUGCUGUACUUGAAGAUGUUCCUCACCUUACUAAAUGGCUCCCCGGUUUGCCGGUAAGCAACCUGGAUCGCAGAAUGAGCCGACAUAUGAAAAUCCAUUGAAACAUAACCCCGCUUACUCAGCUGUGAGGCAGUAUUUUGUGGAGGACACAGAUGUUGUAGCGAGAGACGUCGUUGUAAAUGUUAAUACAACCGGUGAAGGGAUUCAUUUCAGACGUGCAGGGCUUCGAGAUAAGUUUGCUUGUCUGCAGAUAUAUUUCAAAUCGGAAGAUGUGAGGGCAUGUAUUGUGACUUGUGGAGGAUUAUGCCCGGGCAUAAACACUGUAAUUCGUGAGAUUGUGUGCGGUCUGUGGACACAAUAUGGGGUGCGCGAUAUCAGCGGGAUUGAAGGAGGCUACAGGGGGUUCUACUCCCGGAAUACUAUCUCUCUCAACCCUAAAGUUGUCAGCGACAUUCACAAACGGGGAGGCACCUAUUUGAAGUCCUCGCGUGGUGGGCACGACACUCACAAAAUUGUUGAUUCUAUUCAAGACCGUGGAUUCGAUCAGGUCUAUAUCAUUGGAGGAGAUGGCACUCAGAAAGGAGCUAAUGCUAUCCACGAGGAGUGUAAGCGGAGGGGUUUGAAGGUUGCGGUGGCAGGAAUUCCAAAAACCAUCGAUAAUGAUCUCGAUGUUAUAGACAAAUCGUUUGGGUUUGAUACAGCUGUUGAAGAAGCACAGCGCGCAAUCAAUGCUGCCCAUGUGGAAGCUGAGAGUAUUCACAAUGGCAUUGGGGUGGUCAAGCUCAUGGGACGCUAUAGCGGGUACAUUGCGAUGCAUGCCACACUUGCAAGUCGUGAUGUGGAUUUGUGCUUGAUACCAGAAGUGCCAUUCUACUUGCAUGGACCAGGCGGCCUGAUCGAGUUUGUACAUCACAGGCUACGAGAAAAUGGGCACAUGGUUAUCGUUGUGGCCGAGGGUGCUGGACAAGAGUUGAUGGCUGAAACCAUGGGAUCUUUGGACAAGAUGAAUGAUGCUUCUGGAAAUAAGUUGCUCCUCGACGUUGGUCUAUGGCUCUGUAAUCAUCUGAAGGAGCAUUUCCUCAAGGCAUUCAGGGAGCCGCUUAACUUGAAAUACAUAGAUCCGACGUAUAUGAUUCGAGCAAUUCCAAGCAAUGCUUCGGACAAUGUCUACUGCACAUUGCUGGCUCAUAGCGCCAUCCAUGGGGCUAUGGCAGGGUAUUGCGGCUUCACUGUCGGACCAGUCAACGUUCGACACUGCUACAUUCCUAUUGCUAGAGUGGUGGCAACGUCCCGACGUGUAAACGUAGCUGAUCGCAUGUGGGCACGACUGAUGUCGUCAACCAACCAACCCAACUUUGCGCAAUACAGCCACGCAAUCCAGCAGAGCCGAAAACAGAAUGCCACCAAGCGAAGGGAGGAGGAAGCAUUGUCCAACGGUUCUUCCACAGCUAAUGUAAAUGGCGACGAUGUCAAGCUUGAUUCUACACAAAAGGAGCCAAUCGAGAUGAUUGAAAUUGGAAACAAAUAAGAUUUGCCAAUGCAAGAAAUGGAUGCGUCCUUGUCAACGACACAUGCGCACGGAGAUCCUACAGCUUCUCUUAACCAAAAACUACUAUGAAUUAAUUGUCUUCUACGUCUAUAACCUGGUGUCUAUGAGAAGAUGAUUUGAAUCUCCACAUUAUUUUGUCAUGUUAAUUGCAGGGACGCAUAUAACAAUGUGGUUGAGAUCAGUAAUACUAGAAGGGUCGCCAAUCCUGUCCUGAAUUAAGGAUGUCAGUCCAAGAUACUGUACAUUUGUAAAGUUAAUCUGCCAAUUUAACGCCACAGAGAAGCACACUUUCAAUAAUAAAACUAGGAGUAAGACAUUUGUAGUACACUCUCAAAAGCAUGUAUAGUUGCUACAUUUACUGUACAUACGAGCAGGAUUGAAAUAGCCGAACAAUCGCACUAGUGUGAGUAGAACACUUUGUUGCAAUCUUCUAAAGAGUGACUGUAAUGCAAAAUAUUGGGGGCCCCACCAUAUGAAGAGGA